CCCCACACUCACACACCACUUCUUGGCUCUCGCACACUCCUGCCGCCACCACCUGGUCCGUCCACGUCGCCGGCGGCAAUGUCGGCGCACCUCGCCGUCGCGCUGUUCCUCGCGUUAGCCGUCGUUCCGUCGGCCCGCGGCUCCGACGUGCCGUCGUUCCCGCUGUCGCAGGCGCAGUCCCCGUCCAACUCCUCGUCCCCGUCCAACUCCUCCUCGCCGCCGUGCCACCUCGACCUAUCCGCCGAGCUCUUCGGUGGCGUGGCCGCGGCGUGCGGCGCCGGCGGGGGCCCCGGUUCGCUCGACCGUGGCCGCUGCUGCCCGGUGCUCGCGGCCUGGCUCUUCGCGGCGCACGCGCGCACCGCGCUGUCCGUGCCCCCGGCCCCCGCGCCCUCGGCGCUCGCCGGGGAGGAAGGGCUGGGCCCCGGCGGCGACGACGGGCCCAUGGUGCCGUACGACAACCAGCGGUGCGUCGACGCGCUGGGCGCCGCGCUGGAGAAGCGCGGGGUGGCGCUGCCCCGCCCCAACGCCACGUGCGACACCGUGCUCUGCUUCUGCGGCAUCCGGCUCCAUCAGAUCGGCUCGCUCCGCUGCCCCGCCGCGUUCGCCGUCGGCGCUGGCGCCGCCGCCAAGAACGCCACGCCCACCGCCGCCGUGAAGGACCUGGAGAAGAGCUGCCGCAACGCCUCCUACGCCGGCUGCUCCCGGUGCGUGCAGUCCCUGCAAAAGCUGAAGGGGAACGUGAGCCGCGAGGUCUCGGGCGCCGGCGGCGACCGCGCGCGGCGGAUGCUGGGGCGGGACUGCCAGCUGAUGGGCCUCACGUGGCUGCUGGCCAAGAACAAGACGGCCUACAUCCCCACCGUCUCCGCCGUGCUGCGCGCCAUGCUCUACACCGCGCACCCGACGGAGUCCGGCAGCGGCAGCGGCGGCGCGGCGCCGCGGUGCAGCCCCGACCAGGAGAACAUGCCGCUGGCCGUGGACUCACUGCAGUUCGAGCACACCGGCAGCGCGACCUCUGCGGCUGCCUCCGCGACGCCGCGCGGCGCCACCGCUGCCCUCCUCCUCGGCCUCGCGCUCAGCCUGAUGAUCGGCUGGUGGGAUGCCUUCUUGUGAACCAAUGCAACAGCGCUGGGCCAUGGAAACCUUGUUGAUACACGUAUUUUGUAGUUGUUGUUAGCAGGGAGUGUAGCUUAUUUUGCAUAGCGGGGAUUUUGCAUAUACCAUGGCUGUGAAUGCGAUCGUGGUGUUGCAGAUAUGGCUGGCUGCAAGUGCAAGGGGAUGUGGAUGUGGCUAUUGACAUCGUCUCUAACCUCGGUGGUUUCUAAUCGUGUGGCUUGUGGGAUUGACCAACACUUCUGUUUUUUGGAUGAAGUAGUGCAGCGCAUUUGGAUGAA